GUCAAUCAAACAUUCCAUUCCAUAUACAAAAUUUACUUGAUCGUUUUCUAGAAAGAAAGUACGAAAUUCCCAAUUAUUAUAUUUACAAGUAAAAGUUUUGCCAGUCAGAAGUAUUACAAUAAAAUGAAAACUGGAUUACACACGGGGAUCGUCGUUGGUUCCAAGACGCGGGUCCGCUGCAUCUACUGCGAUGUGUUUAUACCAAAGGCAAACAAAUGUAUCGAGCAGCAUACUAACGGCGUAAAACAUAAAGAGAACAUCGAGCUUACGUCCGAGAACGGCAUAAGCCUUAUAAACGAAGUGCUGCACUGUAAGCCUUGCCAGGUAAAUCUUACUGAGGGGGAAUCGGUGUCAAAACAUAUAGAUGGAGAUUCGCACGCGAAUUGGAUGGCCGCUAUAGAAGACCUCGUGGACGGUGAGUUUAUCAAUAUAGACGACUAUUUAUCCUGCGACAGAGAUGAUGUAACAUGCGAAGUUUGCGAUAUAACCUUGAGCUGUACUCUGGAGAGUAUACAGGAGCAUGUGAACUCCUUUAAUCACAGAGCCAAGACUGUGGACAGGCUUAAGCCGCUCAAUGGUAUAUUUCGAGUGGAUAAUGACGCUGAAGUGUGGUGCAAAAUAUGUGAUGCAUACAUAGAUAACACGGUGCAAGGCGUCCUGGAUCACAUAGAUGAUAACGAGAGCCACAUGCAGUGGUUCACAGAUAUCGAAGACCUGAUAGAAGACCAGGACAUUUCUAUAGAGGAGUAUCUUGCUAAUGAACAUGAAUUGAAUGCAUUUUGCAAUAAAUGCAAUGUCCAUAUUCCGUGCACAGUAAAUAAGAUUGAAGAACAUGUGUACAGUGAAUCUCAUCUUAAUCAAUUCAGUUAAUUUAAUGUGUGUCUUGCAGUUAUAUUUGAAAACUAAGCUGAAUAGCCUUUU